CCCAGCAGUGUGCAAGAAAAUGAUUUCCUGCCUCUUUCAUUCCUCAGCCAGCAGAAAAUAACACUGUGGUUACUGUACAAUGUGGUACAGUAUAGUGUUGAUCGUUGAGAUAGAAUGAUAAAACUUUGAACAUGCAUAUGAUAAAAAUAGAUGAUACCACAAAAACAAACAACUAUGUACCUUGUAAAACCUUGACUAACACUGAGCCUUGGUAUUUUUCAUUCACUAACACAUGUCCUGGUAGGAUACGAACAGACCCAGCAGCACGUUGCGACGAAGUCAAUUUUUCCACUCCUUUUUUAUUCAAAUCACCCGCCAUCUUUGUUUAUCACUUUCUUCGCAAACACAUCGGAAAAUCUUCGGAUCAUCUCGGCAAAUUAUGCCGCAAAUCCUGAAAAAAUUGUAAAAAACCCAAAAUUUAGCUUAAAAUUUUCCUGCUGGUUAGUUUUUCUUCCUUUCAUUUAAUACAAAGUACUUUAUAAUCUAUUUUCUUGCCGUAGCUUACUUAUUAAAUGAAGACUUUUACUUAUUUUUAUAGUAUUUUAAAAUACACUAUGAAUUAUGAAUAUUUUGCCGCCAAUAACCGCGGAACCACUUCAAUUUUAUAACUUGAUGUAUUGCCUCUCGUCAAACAAAAUAAUUUGUUGAUGUUUUCAAUAAAGAAAAAAAAUAUCACAACUUUUAAUGGUUUUAAAGCCAAAUACAAAAUAUAAUACUUCAAGAUACAAAAGAAGAAAAAAUCUGCUCUUAUAUUAACAUGGAAAAUAGUUUGUAAGACCUUUUAUUUAUAAAUAUUUUGCAAGAUUUUCUAUUUUAUUUAUAAUGGCUGGACAGUCAUAUCAUACUAAUACAAAUUACUAUUAUGGCAAUACUGUAAACACAAUGUCAUAUGGCAGCACUUUUAAUGCAGCAUAUCAAGGGCAGGGUCCUUUUGAAGAGCGUAGCUGUUGGCGCGAACUGUAUGAUUACCAAUCUGGUUACUGGUAUUAUCAAAACUUACUGACGAACACUACACAGUGGGAAAAGCCAGAGGGGUGGGACUCUUGGCCAACUAAUAGGGAGGAGAUCCAGACAAAUGAUGAUAGUAGUCACGGUUCAGGGCUUUCUAUAUUUCGGCAAACUUCCAAUGAAAUUGAGAUAAAGAAUACUGAAUAUGGAAAGAGAGAAGCAAGACGACAAAUUGAUCCGGAUGAAGCAAAGAAAAUACACUGGAGACCUGAAGGGGCAAAUGAGUACAACAUAUGGUAUGAUAAGUGGAUUGGGGACCAUUGGAAGGGCACAAAAGAUGAAGGUAGACUUUUGGGAUACUGUGGUUUAUUUAUUUUAGUCAUGAUUAAUACAGUUAAUUUAUAACAUUAUCCAAUGGACACCUUAUUAACAAAUUUUUUUUUCUUUCAUAAAUAUUUACUCUGAAUACACUAUUCAUUUUUCUAGGGCCUGCAGAGACCAGAUGCUGUGUUAGCAAAGAUGCUGGGCAUACUAAGGCUAAACUACUCGAUCCAAAAAGAAAAAAGACUUAUUUUUGUAUAUACUUUGCAAGAGGGUGUUGCCAACAUGGUUCUGACUGUGGCUUCUACCAUCUUGUACCAACUGAUAAAGAUGCAAAACGGUAAUCUUGGGGAGUCCCCCCCCCCCUCUAAGUGCGCCGUCCUCUUGAUACCAUUCACUUGAGUAUCCCCUCCCUCUGACUGCACCAUCCUCUUGAUACCAUUCACUUGAGUAUCCCUUCCCCCUGACACCAUUUACCAAGUCCCUCCUCCCCUAACACCAUUUACUUUAGUCCUUCCCCUGACACCAUUAACCUGAGAUCCCCCCCUGACACCUUAGUACCUCCUCCCCACUGACAUCAUACACCCGAGUACUCCCACCAUCUGACACCAUUCACCUUUGCCCCGUUCUUUUUGAUACCAUCCACAUGAAUGGAUAUCCCCCUUACCCCAGUCCCCCUCCCAAUAUGCAGAAAAUAAACGUAUAUAGUUAUCUGCCCAGAGUUGUUGAGGAGGGAGAUGGGGGAAGUGUACAGCCAGACUUAAGGAGGGGCCACUAUCAGUUGGAUACCCUCAUUACACACACCUUGCUUUACCCCAACAGGAUAGAUAUGGUGCACGAUGUGUUUGGCAGAGAAAGACACAAGUUACACAGCGACAAUAUGGGAGGCGUGGGGUCGUUUGAGAAAGACUGUCGAACAUUAUAUGUUGGCCGUUUGGGAAAACACAAGGAACUGGAAAAUAUUUUGUGGAAAGAGUUUGGAGAAUGGGGUGAAAUUGAGGUAUUGGGUGUCAAGCUGUGCUAUUUUUACGCUUGUUCGUUUGCUCGCAUGUCAAGCGUUUGUAACACUGGGAGCGAAAUUGCUAGGAUUGAAUUUGCAUAUCCAGUUUUAUUAUUAGUGAGGUUUUACUUCUACUACCAAUCAAUCAGAUGAGUUUACCAAAAAUAAUCAGUUUAUCACCAAUCAGAUGAGUUUAAUCUACCGGAUAACCAAUCACAUGCGUACUUAGUAAAAAGUAGCGCUAGUCAAAUCUGAACUUCACUACAUUAUAUUUCAUCUUUAGUUUGCCCUCCUAACUUGCGCGCUCUCCCAACACGGUGCGCAAAAAAAUUUCAUUUAAGUUACGCGAGCAGUUGCGCAAAUAGGGUGCGAAGCACCUCAGUGCGCGAAUCCUUUAAUAUCUUCCCAUGAUUUAACGAAUAUACACCAAUUGGACUCAACUAUAGUCUAUACGCUUGCCUGACGACUCCUCGUUUUGUAUAUGUGCAUAGUGUGUAUACCUUUUGACUUUGUAGGAUAUCAGAGUUAUUUCAAAACGUCAAAUAGCAUUUGUGAGAUACAAGAACAGAGUAAACAGCGAAUUUGCUAAGGUAACCCGUUGUAAUCGUUUUAAUUACUGUACUACUAGUGAUAAAGUAUUAGGUUACAUCAAUCAUUGUAGAGUUUACAUGAUCUACUUCACAAUAGAUUGCGAUGUCGGAUCAAAAACUAGAUGGUCAAGAAGUUUUGAACGUAAGAUGGGCAUAUGACGAUCCUAAUCCGAAAGUGCGAAAACAGGCGAGUUGCACAUUUUACAUUUAAACCUAUAGGCUAUACUUUUCCAAGUCCGCUUAAGAAUUUCCCCCUAGCGGGCAAGUAACGUCGAGGGGUGCACCUCUUUGGAGCACUCCCAAGGCAGAGGCGAGGGCGCAUUACGAUUCAUUGAGCUGAUUUCAGGUUUGGUUGAACGACAAUGACGUCAAUGAUACAAAAUCGGCCCCAAAGCGUAUUGCAUUAUAGUGUAGAACAUCUAUGAUAUUGCCUAUAGAAAACAGAAGAAGACAGAGAUGCUGUUCGUGCAGCAAUCUAUGCCAAACUAGAUGACGAAGAACCACAACCUAAACGUCUGUGUAGCGAAGGAAUCAUUGGAGCUUAUCCAAAUACUGAUGAUCAAUAUCCUGACUCUGCUGCCGGACCACAAACCAGGGAACAGAUUGAACAAGUAUGUGAUUACGGGAACC